AUGUCUGCCACCGCUGAUAAAGCGCGGUUCUUCUUGGAAAAGUCCGUUCCGGAGCUCAAAGAGUACGAGAAGAAAAAGAUCUUCACCAAGGAUGAAAUCACAUCAAUCGUCAAGAAGCGAUCCGAUUUUGAGCACAAGAUCAAUGCGCGUGGCGCACAGCCAGCCGACUACGUACGCUAUGCCGAGUACGAAAUGAACCUCGACAGUCUCCGGCGCAAAAGAGUAAAGCGACUAGGCAUCAAAUCAACCGGAUUCAGUGGGCAACGUCGGAUCUUUUUCGUCCUUGAUCGUGCCACUCGCAAGUUUCACGGCGAUAUCGGUUUAUGGGUCCAGUACAUUGAAUAUGCGCGACGACAGAAAGCCUUCAAGAAACUCAGCACGAUCCUGAUGGACGCAUUACGGCUUCACCCGUCCAACGCAGACUUGUGGAUUUACGCCGCAAAUUACUCCGUUGAAGACCACGCCGAUAUGUCUCAGGCACGGACCUAUAUGCAGCGAGGGUUAAGAUUCUGCAAAAGCUCCAGGAAGCUCUGGAUUCAGUACGCCAAGUUAGAGCUGAUCUACAUCACGAAGUUGGUUGCUCGACAAAGGAUACUUGGGCUCGACGAAAAAGUCGAAGCUCCCAAGCAGCAGGCGCCAGAGGAUGACUUUAAUGCCGACAUGAUCAUGAUGCCAGACGUUACGGAAGAAGAGAUCAAUCCUAGUGCGCGAGAUGAGAACAUGGAUGAAGCGGCGCUUAAAACUCUCAACUCAACUCCCGCACUUAGCGGUGCCAUCCCACUCGCUAUCUUCGACUCUGCCAUCAAAAAUUUCGACCAUAACGACCAAUUCGCCCACGAGUUCUUUGACAUGGUCUUCAAGUUUGAAGACGUACCCUGCCUGCAGAAGAUUCUGUCAAAUAUCCUCGAAGCAAUGCAACAGUUCAAGCCCGUCAGCCCUCAUACGUUGAUAUGCUACAUCAAAUACCCUACGGCCGGCGUUCAAGCCACUUCGGCCGAGUUCCCCCGUGCACUGGGAGCGGCACUGUCACGACUGCAAGAACAUCGCCAAAAGCCCGAGGUUGCGAAGGAGGUAAUCAGCUGGUUACGUCCAGUCGAGAAGACUAGAGACUUGGACCCGUCUAUUCAAAAGGUUAUUGCUGCCACGAUUCACAAAGCGGAGCUGGUUCUUCAGGAAUCGUAG